UCGAAUAGUAUAUGCACAAGUUAUCUAGCCAACAACGCAUCCGAAAUUAUCAGAAAAAAUUCUAAAAUGGAAAAAGAUGUAGAUAUACUUGGAAAAUACAGAGCAGUGUCAAAUAAAUUGAAAAAACGAUUUCUAAAGAGACCAAAUGUAGCCGAAGGAAUUGAACAGUACUCUAUUUUGUCCAAGUCAUUAAAGGAACAGGAAUGCCAACAGUAUGCUGCUUUUUGUGCUCUUGCUCAAGCUCGGUGUGAGCACACUAUGGUCAAUGCUGCUGGUGAAUCCCAGUCCUUGACAGAUGCUGCCCGUAACUUUCUUGAGGCCGAGAUAGCCAACCAGGAGCUGAAGUGUCCAAGUUUUAACGAACAUCUUGCAGCAGCCAUUAAUUGUUUCAGUCAUGCUAUAAGGGUUCACAUAGAGAAUAACAGUGUAGCAUUGGCAGCCGCUUUGUGUAUUGAACUAGGGAAUGCUUUAAAGAAACUGAACAAACCAGGAGAAGCCAUGGCUCACUUUCAAAGAGCAGCAGAAUUGCAGUCUCAUAGUCCGCUUGACUGUCUGCAGUCACUAAGUGAAGUAACUUCAUGUAAAAUUGCCAUCAAGGACUAUGAUGGCGCUCUCAGUGUUCUCACAGAAAUGGCUUAUUUAGCACAAGAAAGGGGAGGUUCCUCAAUAACAGGCAGGCCUGUGGGGGCAUACUGUGACUUCCUGUGUCAAUGUGAAGUGUCCAGAGUCCUUCUUCUGAUGAUGCUGCAGCCAACACCUCAGAGGAUACGCCCAGAACAUGCUCAGACUUUGGAGAAAUACACCUGGGAUUUUAAUGAAGACAAUACUACAGUGCAGUAUCUUGGAGAGGACUUGUUCCUCAUGUUACAAUCUAUUGUGAUGGCCUGCCAGUCCAUGGAUCUGACCUCUCUACGGCUGCUACAGACAGAGUUAUGGCCAAUGUUAACCACGGAACAGAACCAUUUACUAUUUCUUGUGCUCCAGGAACUAUCACAACCUUCGGGGGAGGGAGCCUAGAUUAAUUACACAGGAACUAUCACAACCUUCAGGGGAGGGAGCCUAGAUAAGUUACACAGGAACUAUCACAACCUUCAGAGGAUGGAGCCUAGAUAAAUUACACAGGAACUAUCACAACCUUCAGAGGAUGGAGCCAAGAUAAAUUACACAGGAACUAUCACAACCUUCAGAGGAUGGAGCCAAGAUAAAUUACACAGAAACUAUCACAACCUUCAGAGGAUGGAGCCUAGAUAAAUUACACAGGAACUAUCACAACCUUCAGAGGAUGGAGCCUAGAUAAAUUACACAGGAACUAUCACAACCUUCAGAGGAUGGAGCCUAGAUAAAUUACACAGAAACUAUCACAACCUUCAGAGGAUGGAGCCUAGAUAAAUUACACAGAAACUAUCACAACCUUCAGGGGAUGGAGCCUAAAUAAAUUACACAGGAACUAUCACAACCUUCAGGGGAUGGAGCCUAAAUAAGUUACACAGAAACUAUCACAACCUUCAGAGGAUGGAGCCUAGAUAAAUUACACAUGAUAAAGUUUUCAGUAAAUAUUUCGCUACCUGUCAUUUCACAUGUUCUGUUGUUUAACUCUACACAACAUGUGCAAACAAGAGUCAUUCUAUCAAAUGAUGUGCCUGUCUUGAAAACUGAUAGUUAGCUUGCAAGACAGAAGCACCAAAUUUUACAGUUACCUGAACAAUUUAAAAAGAAUGUAGUAUUUGUACUAAUAUGAAUGGGAUUAUAUAUCCUGGCACAUUAGAUGCAUUUGUAAGUGUAUUAAUUUAUGAACAAUGCUAAAAUAUAUUAUUAUAGCUCAGGAUUUCUAGCACUAAUUUAUGGAUACACCAUAUAGUCUGUGACCUGUAAUUAGGCUAAAUGUUGAAUAUGCUAAAGGAAAUGGAUGUGCAGUGUUUAAAAAAUGGAGAUAUAGGAAGUUCUGUACAUGUAUCUGGAUAAUACAGUAAAACAACAGUUUAUUUUGUUCUGUAAUUAUUCCAUUAUUCAGAGUAUGCGAGGACUGAAUUCAUUGUAACAAAUGACAAAACAAUAAAAUCAUCACAUCUUAGUUCAGGUCACAUGUCUAUGUAGAAAUGUCGUCUAUGUAGAAAUGUUGUUGAUAUGUUUAUUAUAACACAUACAGAAGUUCAAGACCAUUUAAUUUAUAUACGACUACAGUUUAUUUGUAAUUUUAUCAUAAAUGCAGUAGCUGAGGUGAGUGCUCUUCCGGCUCUCGCUUAUUGAAACUUUGUACAGUUCUAAGUUUUACGAUGAAUUGUAACUUUAUGUUGUUAGCUACCCCAAAGGGCUCAGGGGAUAGUUUUUCAUUAAUUUGGUUAUUUCCUCCCAAUUCUGUUUCUUAAUUCAAUAAAUUUGUAAGUGUA